AUGCCAGAUCAAUCAUUACAAUCUCCAACUAUAGAUGGUUUGCACAAUGUAAUUGUCAAGAAACCAUUAUACUUCACACAAACAUUCGGUAAAUCCGAAUCAAAUGAUCAAUUCAUAAAUGAACUAGGUCUCGAAGGCCAUAGAGAAGGUGGUUAUUUCAAAGAAACUGAUAGAUCACCUUUUCUCUUAGAAAACCCGUUCCAUAAAGAUGAUAAUAAACCAAUAAAACCAAUCAAUGACAAUCAACAAUUAGCAAAGGAUAAAUACAGAAACUAUUCCACAUUGAUCUAUUAUUUGCUAACUCCAGAGAUCCCAUAUGGUAGAUUUCAUAAAAACAAUAAUAGAAUUAUCCAUAUCUUACAAAAGGGUAGAGGUCAAUAUGUCUUGAUAUAUCCAGAUGGUUCUGUGAAAUCAUUCAUAGUCGGGUUCAAUCAUUCCAAAGGUGAAGUAUCUCAAUGGGUUGUGCCAGGUGGUGUUUAUAAAGCAAGUUUCCUUCUACCAUUAAAUGAAUCAACUGGAGAAUCAAAAGAUGAUCAUUUAUUAAUCAGUGAAGUUGUUGUGCCUGGGUUUGAGUAUGAUGACCAUGAGUUCUUAGAAGGUGUUGAUACGUUAGCAGGAAUGGUUGGUGAAUCCAAGGCUAAAGAACUGUCAUUCUUGUUACAUGAAAGUAAUUGA